AUGGUGGAUCCUAGUUUGGAAACCUUGAUCCCAAUGAUUGAUGCUAUCAUCAGUUCAUCUAAUCCAGAUGAAGUAAGCCCUAAGAAAAUAAGAAAAGCAUUACAAGAAUUAUUCCAAAUGGAUCUUGACUCUAAGAGGAAACAAUUAAAUGAAUUAAUUAUUGAUCGAUUUGAAGAAAUACAAGCACAUCCACGUAUGCUUGUACGAAAGGAUGAAAUGAUGAAACGUGAUCAAGAAUUUGCUAAAUUACUUGAAGAGAUGAAGAAUGCAGGUGUUACAGGUCAUAAGAUAAAAAACAUAACAACAAGAAGAACAAGUGAUUCUGAUAGUAAAAAAAAGAAGAAGAAGAAGAGAAAGAAAGAAAGAGCCACUCCUACGGGAACUACAAGUAUUGCAACUAGGUUAUUGCAAUUGAGUGAUCCAUUGGCUGAGAUUGUUGGUGCUCAGGAAUUACCUAGAACACAAGUGGUUAAGGGUGUAUGGGAUUAUAUAAAGGCUCAUGAUUUACAGAAUCCUGAAGAUCGUCGUGAAAUUCUAUGUGAUGAUAAAAUGGAAAAAGUAUUUGGUAAGUCAACUAACAUGUUUCAAUUGAAUAAAUUAUUAGUAAAUCAUAUGCAUUAUUCUGAUACAGUAGAUGAUAAUAAAGAAAAGAAAAAACCCAAAACUGAAACUACAUCAUCUUCUGAGAAUGGGAAAUAA